GCUGCGCUGAAGCCGAGCCCCUCUUUGCCUCAGCACGCAGAGUGGAGCAGACGGCAACAGCUACACAAACACACUCCCCUCUCAGUUACAUGCACGGUCACACACAUACCACACGCACACACCACCACCACCACCACCACCGCUGCCACCACCACACCACACACACACAGUGACGGCUGCCAGGCGCAGUGGGAAGCAAGCCGUCAGGGAGAGAGCUUGAGAAGAAAGAGAAGGAACGCAGAGGGAAAGAGAAGAAAAGAGAAGAGAGUUGGAGGAGGCACCUUGUGGAUCAGAAGGGAUUUUCCUCUGUGUGAGUGCGCGUCUGGAUAAGGCUAUCUGCUCCUUCCUGAGCGAGAGGACUUUUUACUGAGGCUUUUUCUUUUUGCUCAUCCUCCACGCCGGGCUCCAGCGAUAUCUACCUAUCUAUCCCCAGAGCUUAACAAAAGAGGGAGGGAGUAAGAGAGAGUGAGAAAAAAGGCAGUCACAGCUUCAGCUCCAGACCACCCUCUCUCCUCCUCCUCCUCCUCCUCCUCUCCUCCUCCUCCUCUUCUCUCUCUAGCUCCACAUCCAUGUGUGAGUUCAUCGCUGAUUUCACUGUCUUUUGAGGAUAGAGCAGAGGACAGCGUGUGUUCUCCAGGAUACAGCCGAGCUCCCGGCGGGAUCAGGGUCUUGUCUGGUGUGUGAGAGAGAGAGGGAGGAAGAACGAGACAGGGAAACGGAUACACAGGAAGAGAGAAAGAGACAGAGAGAGACGAGAGAGAGAGAGACACUGGAAAGCAAAUUGAAGGGGCAUGUUCAGGGCAGCAGCGGAGAAGAAGAGUGAGUCUGAUUUUUAGAGCGGAGAGUGCAAGGAACCGGCAACCGAAUCCCAUCCGUUCCUUCCCUCCUCCUCCUCGUCGUCCUCUUCUUCUUCCCUUUCCUUUUACCCUCUCUCCGUCCUGCUGUUAAAGCUCCCCUAUUGUUUCCUGUAUUGCCUCCUACUAUCCUUUCAUAUCUUCCUUUCCUCACCCUCCACCUCCUCCUCCCCAAACCCCUUUUCUGCUGCCACUCCAGACUCUCUCUGUCUCUUUUUCCAGACCCACGGGAAGAAUGGUUUUGUGAGCUUCCCUGUGAGCUCCCAGACAAGUAGACAGACUACUGUCCCAAGUACUAUCUGUCCUUCUAUUCAUCCGUUCCUCUGUGCGUUUAUCCCACACACCUCAGUAAGAGGAGAGCAUUCCCUCUCCCGGCAUCCUCGACUCUUGGAAGCAGUCGUCUGAAGGAUCCAAGCCAGCCCCUCGGAGUGAUCAUACCCCACCUGCGAGCCUCUAUCUCCAGCCUCCAGGACCUUCAAUUGGAUUCCAGCUACAUGGGAAAACGUUUGGAGCAGCAGCCAAUGUACCCCCACUACACCUACUACUAUCCCCACUAUCUCCAGACCAAGUCCUAUGCUCCUCCUCCUCCACCCAUGGCUCCGCCCAGUCCCGGUACCACAGGAGGAGGAGGUGGAGGUGGAGGUGGAGGUCAGGGAGGUGGGCUAGUGGAGCAGCUUAGUAAGACCAACCUGUACAUCAGAGGCUUGCCACCGGCCACCACUGACCAGGACCUCAUCAAACUCUGCCAGCCAUAUGGGAAGAUUGUGUCAACAAAGGCCAUCCUGGACAAGAACACCAAUCAAUGCAAAGGCUAUGGCUUUGUGGACUUUGACAGCCCUGCAGCAGCCCAGAAGGCUGUGGCCUCGCUCAAAGCCAGUGGAGUCCAGGCACAGAUGGCGAAGCAACAGGAGCAGGACCCCACCAACCUUUACAUCUCCAACCUGCCAGUGUCCAUGGACGAGCAGGAGCUGGAGAACAUGCUGAAGCCCUUUGGUCAUGUCAUUUCCACACGGAUACUGAGGGACGCCAACGGCCUGAGCAGAGGAGUCGGCUUUGCCAGGAUGGAGUCAACAGAGAAGUGUGAUGUGGUGAUCCAAAAUUUCAAUGGGAAAUUCUUGAAAACCCCUCCAGGAAUGACAGCCCCAGCAGAGCCAUUGCUGUGCAAGUUUGCUGAUGGAGGCCAGAAGAAGAGACAGACCCAGGUCAAGUAUCCCCAAAAUGGCAGACCGUGGCCACGGGAAGGAGAGAGUGGUAUGGCGUUGACAUAUGAUCCCACUGCGAUGCAGAAUGGGUUCUACUCUUCACCAUACAGCAUCUCCACAAAUCGGAUGAUUGCACAGACAUCAAUCACACCCUUCAUUGCUGCCUCUCCUGUUUCCACAUAUCAGGUCCAGAGUACAUCUUGGAUGCCACAUCAACAGUAUGUUAUGCAACCCACAGGUGCUGUCAUCACCCCAGCCACGGCCAUAGAGCCCAGUUUGUCUCUUCACCCCUCCAGUGUUAUGGCUCCUCUCACCCAGCAGAUGAACCACAUGUCUCUGGGCACUACAGGCACUUACAUGCCUGCUGCAGCGGCUGCUCCUAUGCAAGGAACCUACAUUCCCCAGUACACUGCAGUGCCUGCCUCUGCCAUCACAGUGGAAGGCGUGGUGACAGACCCAUCUCCACAGACAGCUGCCCCGUCCUCACAGGAUGCCAGCGGGCAGCAGCCUUUAUCAGUGGAGAGUACAGGAGAUCAUGCCACAGCCUACUCUUACCAGCAGACUAAAUAACAAGAUUGGUAGAAAUCAUUGCUGCAUUGCCUUUAGAAGGACUGCACUGAAGCGCUGGAGACACAGAGAGAAUCAAAAUGAAACAGGGACAAAGAAAAAGAGGUGACAUGGACAACACUGAGGGGAGAAUGCUUCCACUGUGCACAGGCACCAAAUAAAAGACAAAAUGAAGAAAACAAAUCAAUUAUAUUUCUUACUUGGUCGCACCAAGAAAAAGACAGGAAUAAAGAAAUGACAGUUUGCUGAUCUUGAGGACAAUGAAAUCAAAUGCAGUCUGCAACUUUGAGUUCAUCAUUUCUCACCUUGAGACUGGACUUUGCCUCCAAAGGAAAAAGAAAAGACAAAUUAAAUCUAAACUCAACCAACAAGCUGUACAGAAAAAAAGAAAAUUUGAAUGUGCAGGUAGAUUUUCAGACUUUUUUAUUAAAAAAAGGAAGGAAGCAAAGUCUAGAAAAAACAGGUUGUCUUCCUUUGAUAUUAAGCUACAUUAUUUUCAUUCUUUUUAUUAUUUGAGUAGUUUUCUAGAAUAUCAAUGUUUUCGUAAAUCUUUAUUGCCUUAAUUUUCUCAAACUUUGGGGAAAAAAAGUUUCCAUAGUGUUGAAUUAUUAAAAAAAAAAAAAAAAAAAAAAAAAAAAGACUGAGUGAUUGAAUGAUUUGAGAGGUUCUUGGAGUUUCCAAGAGCCUCAAAGAUGAAAUCUACAAAGCUAUCUGUACAGGAUUAAAAAAAAAUAAGGUUGUAUUUGUAUGAAGAUGAUUUUAAAUUAUGUGGUGCAGUGCAGCUGGUGUUGGUUGAUAGGAAAAAAAAAAAUUCUUUAAUGCGACUUGUGGAGAGGGUCAAUCCACUGCUCCCUGGGAAAUGCAGUUUAUUUUAGUCAUAGGAUAAAAGUUCUGUUUCUCCAUUGCAUUUGUAUUUUUUUGUUUGUUUGAAUGUUUUUUGUUUUGGUCUUUUUACCUUCCAAAAGAUUUUUUGCUUUGCCUGCUUUGCUUGUCUCACAGCAAAAACAAAAGUAAAAAAAAAAAGAAAAGAAAAAAGAACAUUUCUGACUUUGAUAAAGAGCAGAAAAAACGCUAGGAUUUUUAAAUGUGCAAAAAGCAAUAGUUUUAGUAAAACUGUUGACAGUUUCUUGAGUCUUUCUUAACUGUUGAACAAACGCAGCCUACAGGUGGCAUAUUUUAUACCAAAGAUGAAGAAACUAAGUAGUGAAGAGAUCUUCCUUAUGUUGCUUUCUCUUUAUUUUUUUCAUCUCUGAAACUGAAUUUGUUUCUUGCUUUUCAUGCUGUUGAUGUGUGAGAUUAUUUUUUUUCAGUGACUAAGAACAUGCAGGAGGUCUUAAACACAAUUGCCUCAACCAGAUGAACGUGCUCUGAGAUGUUUUGUAUGUCGUGAUCAAAUGUGGUGAAGAUCUGAAGUGGUGCUGUAACAGCUAUUGAGAGACCAGACACCCUGUGUUAUGGAGAUGUUGAAAGAGGUAGGUAUAUCAUUGGGAGUGAGUUGCUAUAGUAUAUUUUAGUGGUAAAGAGGCUGAAAAGGUAUAGAAUCCUGUGGAAAAUUGGUGUGUGCUCUUUAAAUUGUAUACUCACCAUCACCAUCCUCAGGCUGCAUUGACCAAUCUCACAUCCUAAAUGCAUCAUCCUGAGCUGCUGCAACUCAUGAUGACAGACUCCCAAAACACUCUGGAGUUAAUCAUCUUGAAAUUCAUAGUCUCAGUCCACACGGCAAACUGUUUUAAACCGCUGUCUUGCCAAACACAAGCCAUUUAAAAUGUGAGCAGGGCGAUGAUCUCUGUAAGAUGAAAGGGCAUUUUAUGUUGAACAAAAUCAUUUCAGCUUAUGUAUAUUCUCCUGAAAAGAGAGGGAGAUUUUAUUUUUCUUUUUGUGUUGCCUAUUUUGUCUUUUUGUUUUAAGAUCUGAUUAUGAUAUAUUUGAGCUGCUAAACACUUUUCAGUAUUGGGGAUUGAGGUUGUGUUGGGUGGGUGUGGAAGAGGUGCAUCUCCAGAAUGACAGUAAUUGACCAUUUUAUGCCAGGAUAUAGAUGAUCCUCUGUAUUUGGAUAAGAGUUCAUCAGCUGAGAACAAAAGCCAAAAAAGAGAAAACAUUAUAUGGACUUUAAGCUGAUGCUGGCUCCAUGGUCACAUCCUUAAAAGCCCACCCACCUUACUCUCCACCAAUAAAAGGAAGCUAAUGGAAAAAGAGGAACAGACGUAAACUGAAAAAAGCAUGGUUCAACCAAAAUCAAGCAGAUACAAACCUCUAUAGGAGAGUAAAUUAUUGAGAGAUGCGAGAGAGAGAGAAUAGAGAAAGCAAGAACAAAAGUAAUAUUUAUGAGAUCUUUUUUGUACAGGUGUGUAAAAGAAGAUGCAAAGAAAUAACUUUGAUGAUGCUAUUUUUUUAUUUGCUUGGUCACAUGCCUCCCAUGUCUUUCAAAUUGUGAUUCUGAGAGUGUCUGUAGAACCAGUGAAUAUUGCUGUAGUUCCAAAUGUCUCUUUUCUUCUUGUUUUCUUUUUAGACAAAUCUUUCAAUAAAAAAAUGUUUUAAACAGUCAA